AUGGCAGAUUUCCCUGGGGUUAGGGAAUCAAUUGGUCAAGACGCGUGGGAUGAGAUCAAGCAAUUACCUCUUGGAAUAGUUGCUAAAUUAAUUGAAAGCAAAUUCGUUUGGUCUGCUAAGACUGUACACUAUCUAUUGUGUAAUCAGUUGAGAAUUAAACACAAAGAGCUUUGGUGUUUAGUUGGUGGCCAGCCUAUAAGGUUUGGUUUGAAUGAAUUCGCUCACCUCACGGGGUUAAACAUAGAUCCAACUCCAUCAGAGAAGUUUGAACCUUCAGUUGACUUCAAACAGUUCUUAACAGAAGAAUUGAAAGUUCCCGGUGGGGAAGGUCCAACAUAUGAUGAGCUACUUAAAGGAUUAUCAGUGUGCCGAGGUAGUUCCUACACCCUUGGUGGGCCGGUUUACGUGUUACAAGCUUGGGCAUAUGACUCUAUCAAAUGCUUAGGAGAGCGAUUCGGGAAUUUAGUCGAGAAUGAAGAGAUCCCGUUGUUUCGAUGGCCUGGGACCCGUACACGUUCAGCAUUAGAUGUGGCCAUUGCUGAAGAUAUCAAAAAGUAUAGUGAGCUGCGUGUGAGUUCAAUGGUGAUGAAGGGUGAUGUAAGUGAGCUUUUUCAUACGUGGCCAAAUCAGACAGAAGAAGACCCAGAACUUGUCAACUUGGUCAAUGACAUACAUGGAGAAAAGCUUGUUAAAGGUUUUUGGGAUGUGAAAGUGAAUGAGGACAAGAAGAAGAGUGGAAAAGCUGAUAGUGAAGAGGACGAUGCUGGUGGAAAGGCGUCACUUAAAUUACUCGUGGGUAUGGUUUCAGAAAUGAAAUCAACUAUUGAGACCAUGAAAUCAAAGGUUGAGACCUUUGAUGAUAAGUUCACACGUGUUGAUGAAGAAUUCGUCAAGAUGAAAGGCCUAAUUUCCUUCGUUGCCAGAAGUGGAGGCCUAGCUAGUCUCAUGAGUGGAGGCAAAAACAUUCAGAAUGACGACACAUUACCACUCAAGAGCAUCUCCAAUAUAAGAAUCAGGGAUGCUUUUGGAAAAAAAAAAGAACAGACACCUGAAAUUCAGAAGAAACCGUCAAGCCAAGACUACUCUGAUACUAGUCCCUCGGUAAGUUGA